GGGAGCCUCCUCGUUUGCCUUGAGGUGCGCUCCAGGCUCAGCCCGGCGAUGGAAGCCGAAGCUUCUCCGCCGGUUGGAUCUCCCCCUUGCUUCCUGUGGUUCCAGAGGCCUGGCGUCUACGAGGAUGAGAAGGGGAGGAUCUGGGUGGCUGUGGCUCUGCAGAUCAAUCCCUCCCACCGAGCUCAGGGCAGCGGGGCCCCUGAGAGCACACAUGAAGUCAGCAUCACGGUCCAUCUGUGGCAGUUACCCAACCAGAUGCCCAGGCCCCCCAGCUGUCUGUUUGUGUCUGGGCUGCCCAUGAAGUGGGAGCUCUAUCCCGGGCGAAGGUACCAAGGAACGGAUUCCAGACUCUGGGAGAUAGUGGACCAUGGCCAGGCAAGUCAUCUCCACGGAAAAUCUGGUCCUCAAACGUCUGCCAAGUGGGAGCCACUGAUGAGGCUGACCCGGCUGGCCCUGUGUCUUCAGCGAGAAUCGCUAUGCACCUGCUCAUUGGUUUGCACACCUAGGGGCCGGGCCCCGUCCUCUCUGCAUUUCCCAUCCCCUCCUCCUGCUUCGGCUUCUCUGCACACUUUGCCUUCUUUGUGCCAUCCUCCAGGUGCCCCGCCCCUCCAUGCCCAAGCCCCGCCCCUCCACGCCCACCAGGUCCCGCCCCACGGCCUCCUGCGCAACCUUGAUUGGAGACUUGACUUCCAUCCACUCCGCCUCUGGCGGGGGCGGCUCCGCGGGGGCGCGGGUGCCAGGUCUGAACCUGGGACUCAUGCCCCAUGGCUGCCAUUUCUGCUGCCGCUUUGACUGGAGUAGAUCAGGGACUGGGCAGGCUGUGCACUCCGGAGCCUCGGUCCACCCUGGAAAGUGAGUGCUG